UCCAGUAAUGGGAACGAUUACUUGAUUGAGCCAGUUGCUGUUGAAGAUCUGGGAAAACUUAACAGAUUUUAAUGGCAAAAUUGUAUCUGUUUCCAUAAAACAACAGAAAAAGCCAUACCCUGGUUUUGGUACCUGCAGGCAUCACCUCUGAUGAUGAAUAUUGUUUUAUUUUGGAAUUAAGUAUCUGUUCUUCAGGAACGAGAUGUAUCUUGCUCUUCUGGUGAUUUUCUUGCAGUGUUCAGAACUUUCUGCUCAGGAGAGAGUUUUUACUUUCAAUACAGUUGAAAUCCAGGUUAAGCCCUCUGUCAAAGUAAAGAACGGAGCUCCUAUGUCAAUUGUCUGCCAUGCUGAUAUUAGCAAAAGUACUGAUUUCCAGCUGAAACAUAACUUUACAAUAUUUAAGAAUGGCAAGCUGGUGUUCAUGACUGUAACAGACAAAGGAGAUGCACAGUAUGAUAUACCUGCAACUAGAUCCUCAGAUACAGGAGAUUAUGAAUGCACUGUGGAAGCAGGCAGAAAGACAAAAUCCAGUAACUCCUUGCACGUUCGGGUGACAGGAAUGACCAAGCCAAUCCUGACUGCUGAGAAAAAAGAAGUUUUAGAGGGUGAAGUUGUGAAAUUACGUUGUGAGCUGCCAGAAGAAGAACCUCCUUUACAUUUCUUUUUCCAGAAGAUAAAGAUGAACUCAACGCCCAAGGAAAAACACGUGUUUGAGCCAUACAGAAAUUUUUCUGUGGUGGAAUUUUCUGUUGAAGAGGGAGAUAAUAUUUUACAAUUUGAUUGCUUUGGUGGGAGAAAUGUAAACCUCGAAUUGGAAAAGUCAGAACACAGUAACAAAACACUUGUUACAGUCAGGGAACCAUUUAUAAAGCCUACUCUGAGUGCCAAACCCUCAAGUAAUAUUACAGAAGGAGACAGAAUACAGUUUGAAUGCUUGACAGUGGUAGCUCGGAUGCGUGACAUUGAAAUAAUACUCCAGAAAAACAGAACAAUCCUGAAGAGUGUACGAGAUGAGAAACAUCUCAAAUACUCCACAGUAGCUACUCUAGAGGACAGUGGUGAAUACCUGUGUAAGGUGGAGCAAGGGAGAGCAUCUAAAACCACCAAACUGAAUGUUGUUGUGUCAGAGUUGUUCCCCAAGCCAAUAUUAGUUGCUUCUAUGAAGAACCUGGAUGAAAAUAAAGAACUUACCUUCAGCUGCAGCAUCAAUGGGUUUCGCAAAGCUAAUUUCUCUGUGUUCCGCAAAAAUUCAAAUGGAGACCUCUGGCUGAAAAAUUCUAGAAACUUAACAAUGAGAGUUAGUGUGAAUGAUACUGGAUCCUAUUUCUGUAAAGCUGAAGUAAAAGGAAUAGUCAAGGAAAGCAAACCUGUAGGGAUUAAUGUUUUUGCUCCGGUUUCCAAGCCGACUCUUUCUGUUCUCGGUGGCUUACCUGAGGUGGUGCUGGGGAAGACUCUGCAGUUAGUCUGUCGCUCAGCCACGGGAACACCACCAAUAACAUUCACAUUCUACAAAGGAAAUGAAGUUAAGGAAAUAGUAAUUAAUGACACAUAUGCUACCUUCUUGGAUGAAAAUAUUAGGCAAGAUGACAAAAGAGGAUACAAAUGUGAAACUAAAAAUAAUCACAGCAGCGGAAUGAAAACUAGCAAUAUUCUGAAUGUCACAGUAAUAGUACCAAUCAGAAAUGCCAGCUUGGGCAGUAUUCCGUACGGAGAAGUGGAAGAUGGCAGUGAGACUACUUUUCUCUGCUCUGUGAAAGAAGGAUCUUGGCCAAUCCACUUCAGGUUUUUUAGAAAAAGUGAUCAUGAAGUUCUUAUGUUUGAGAAGAGUGAGAAUGCAGACAGAGUCAUGUGGCACAAGGAAGCAAUGAGCAGGCAAGACACAGGGACCUAUUACUGCAUGGCUUCCAAUCGAGCUAACGUGGAUGUGAAAAGCCAGCCCAUAACCAUCAGUGUCAUCUUAGCAUCGUGGCAGAAGGGCAUCAUCGCUGCCUUUGUCCUGCUGCCUCUGGCUGGAGCAGCAGCACUCACUCUCUGGUGGUUCUUGUGCAAGAAGAAAAAGGCUAAAGGACCAUCUCUGGAGAUGUCUGGUUCUGCCUUGGCUACAAAUUUGAAGAGUGAAAAACUGGCAGGACAGCACAAUGAUGGAGACUACUAUUCAGGAUCAGGUUACAUCGAAGACAGUGAAAAUCACAUGAAAGCAACAGAUGAGAGUAAAGGACCUGACCUUGAGAGUGCUGAGGUGGAGUACACUGAAGUCGAAGUAUCAACGCUUGAUCCUCACAGAGCUAAAGUACAGGACUCUGCAUCCAGAAACGCGAAUUUUCUUUCCAGUUUCAUGCAGAGAGCUCCUGUACAGAAGGGGACUGAAACGCUUUAUAGUGAAAUCAGAAAAGCUAAUAAUGAUUCUGUGGAAAACAGGCAUUCUAGAAUACAAGGCCAUCUUGAUACUACUUAGAACAGUCAUCUCAAAGAUCAGCUGGGAGAAGAAGUCAAGAAGCCAAGAUG